UUGCAUCCAUGACAACAGGGUUAAAGCAGGUGCGCUGAAAAAAAAAUAAACGAGAGAACAUAGACAACAUAUAAGUCAAUAGUCUAAUAGUGUUACAUACAAGACCUAGAUCUAGGACUGUCGUUUUUAUAGUAACUCUGCUGUGUCAAAGAAAAUGAGUAAAGCUGCCAAAGGUCCAGCUAAACGAGGACGCAAAGAUAAUGAUAGCGAUGCUGGGACUGAUGAUCCGGGAACAGUCGGAACAUUUGAAACAUUGCGAGAUGAAGCUGAACAUUUUGUGCACGUAAAGCUUUACGAAAAGGCUAUUGAGAGUUUUACUAAGGCUCUUGAUAUGAAACCAGAUGAUAAAACUUGCCUUGUAAUCAGAUCUAAGUGUUAUCUAAUGCUUGGAAAUGCAGAGAAGGCUCUUGCAGAUGCUGAAGCAGCUUUAAGUCAAGAUGAUGAUGGAAAAAAAGACAUCAGGGCACUGAAUAUGAAAGCAGAAGCUCUUUAUCAAAAGGGAGAUUUUGAAAAUGCUUUAGUCUUUUAUCAUAGAGGUAAUAAACUGAGACCAGAGCUACAAGAAUUCCGACUUGGAAUUCAGAAGUGUGAAGAGUCCAUUGAUAACAGUAUUGGUGAUCCUGCAGCAGUGCAUCUAGAAGCUAAGGGGGAUUUAUCAUCAUUUUACAAACAAAAUGAGAAUCUGCAAAACAAGAAAAAACAACAGAAAGGUUAUACAAAAGUUAACCAACCCAAAAAAGAAGAAAAAAAAGAACGUCAGCGUCCCCAAGACAGUAGCAAAUCUAAGACAACUAAAGAGCUCCUAGGCCAGUUGUACCAAGAUAAGGAAUUUUUGGAAAAACUUUUUGACAGUUUGUCUAACAAUGGCAAUAAAACAGAUGACUUCAUUAAAGGACGAGCAUGUGAUGGAUUGGAAUAUUUAAACAGCAGGUCUGACUUUUGGCGUCAGCAGAAACCAAUGUACGCUAGAAUGAGAGAUCAAAAGAAAGCUGGGGGUAAAGGUUCUGCAGGGAAUCAAGGAGGGGAUGGAAUGAAAUAUGUUUUGGCCAAACUUGAGGAAAUCGAUGAAGCUCAAGCAGAGGGAAGGUACCAGGACAGUUUGGACAAAUGCAAGUUGACAAUAAAGAGAGUUGAGAAAAUGCCAGAAGAGUCUUUGAAGAACAAACCAAGUGUCCUUGCCAAUCUGUACAGUGCUAUGGGCAACGCUUAUCUAGAACAAGGCAAAUACACUCAGGCUCUUGAUUGGCACAACAAAGAUUUAGAUUUGGCAAAAGAAAAUCAUCUCGAUGAGGCCGAGUCAAGAGCACUAGACAAUCUUGGUAGAACACAUGCCAAAAUGGGCCAGUACCAAGAAGCCGUUGACAUAUGGAAGUGUAAACUACCCCAGAGCAAGACUCCCCUAGAGAGCACCUGGUUGUACCAUGAGAUUGGCCGUUGCUAUCUUGAACUAGGAAAUAACAAAGAGGCUAAAGAAUAUGGUGAGAAGUCCUUGACAUCUGCACAGGAAGCAGAUGAUGCUGGUUGGCAGCUACAUGCCAGAGUAUUGAUAGCUCAGUCAGAAGUUAAGUGCGAGGAAUUGGAGGCUGCCUCAGACUCAUUCACGCUAGCUUUGGAACUUGCCGAACAACAAAAUGAUAAAGCUGCUCAAAAUGCAAUUAAAAAAGCUUUGCAGGAUGUGAAUGACAAAAUAGUUGAAAGAGAUGGACAAGGUGAUUCAGAAGAAGAUCAACAAAAGACUUCAGAAGAAACCAAAGACAGUGAUCAUGAAAAAGGAGAUUCAGAAAAAGAAGACAGAGAAUCACCUAAAGGACAUGAUCAUAAGAAAGAGGGAAAAGAAGAAGAUUCAGAUACAACCAAGGUAGACCAUUCAGGCCCUGUAAAGAAAGACAACUCAGAGAAACAUAACUCUAAAGAUGAGACGCAUAUAAGUAAUGAAGACAAAACUAUAAAGACUGAAGAAGAGGAGCAGAAAGAUGCUAACAUUACAGACCAGGCUGAAGGUCACAAAGAGAAUGCUUAGAGAAGAAAAGAAUGACCGGAACAGACAUUGUAAACAAUUUAAAUUUAACCACCUGGUCAUUGAGAGGUGAAAAUACUUUACAAAGACUUCACACACCGACAAGUAAAUAUGUGACCAGAAAUACUUUAAAUUUCUUUUAAGCUCUCUGAGUGCAUUGAAUACAGAAAGUGUUAUUGUA